CCCAGUACAGAAAAGCAGCUGCGCAGUAACAGAAACCCAGAAGAAGAAGAAGACGAUGGGGAAGAAAGCGAAGACGUCUCGGAAGGGAAAGAAGGCGUGGAGAGCCAACAUAAGCACGGAAGACAUCCACGACUUCUUCGAGAAAUCAACCAAAGACGCUCUUUCCGGCGGCAAUCUCUCCCAGGCUCCCGAUGAAGCUCUCUUCUUCGUCGACAACUCCAAAGAUAUUUCGGUGAAGAGGAAGAUUGAAAAGCACAGAGAGAAAGUACUUCACAUGGACAGCGUGCUACAGAAAAAUCCAUUUGUAAAAGCAGUGCAUUCUUCGACGCUAAAGAAGUCCAAGAAAAAACGCAAACAGAUCACAAAUGCCAAAGAUGCCACUGAAUGCGGCCCUGAGGGUUCUGUCUCAACUUCUGGCAUGUCUGAUCUAUGGAGUGAUAAAGGUGGUGCCAACCAUGUGGUCAAGAAGAAAAUGAAGCCUUCACCUAUUCCUGCUGUAGAAGUUGAGCCUCCAGGUUGCUCAUAUAAUCCUACAGAUGAAAGUCAUCAGGAAGCAUUGGCUCAUGCUGUUGCAGAUGAAAUGCAAAAAGUCUAUAGAAAUGAGUUGGGGCCUGAACCAGUGCCUCUAACUGUUCCAGGGGAGGCUAUUGAUGAAGAAGAAAUGUAUUUUAUUGAAGCAGAUGAAGGCAGUGAUGAUGACAUGAAUCCAGAAAAUUUGGAUGAUAAUGAGGGUGGUGCAUCUGAGAAAAGGCCCUUUAGAACAAAGAGGGUGACAACAGUCGAAUUAAAUAAGAGAGCUAGGCGUAAGGAACAGCUGAAAAGGGAAGCAGAAGUGAAAAAGGUGCAGAAACUUUCCAAAGAAAUUGAUAGCUUACCAGAUAUCAUUCAGGAAAUAGCUAAAGAGGAUGAGGAGAAGCAAAAAAGAACAUCUUCGACAUGUUGUAGCUACAAAUGAAAAAUACCAAGUCAUGUCCCCCGCCGCUUGGGGAGGCACAAAUUUGAACCUGCCCCUGUUCAAGUACUUUUGACUGAAGAAAGAACCGGAUCCAUCCGCAAACUGAAGGGUUGCUGCACCCUUGUCAAGGAUCGUUACAAGAGUUUUGAAAAAAGAGGAUUAAUCCCAGUAAAGGCCAACAAAAGGAGAUAGAGUUUUCUUAAUUUGAUUUCACGAAGGAAUGAAAGGUGGAGAUAAAGUCAGAUUCAUUAGAGUCCAUAUGGAAGAUCACCUUCUGAUGUCCGAAGAUUUUGUCACGAGUUUCAUAGUUUAUAGCAUUUUAAUUUUCACUACUGCCAGCAUACUUGUUUCAUGUUUCUAUUUGGUUGAAAACUUUCAGUUCAAAAAUCACUCAGUUGUACUCAAUUCGAAUAUUUAUUAUAAAUUUAUAACAGUGAUUCAAGCACGCUUCUUU